AUGACUGAGCACGUUGAUGAUCGUCGACUCCAUACUGAUCGUCGUUAUCGUUUCGAUUAUGUUUCGAAAUUUCUUAACUUCACUCAAAAUGAUAUUACCAUGCUUAAUACAUUAGCACCGAUUAUAUUUCCGAGUGUUCCAGUUAUCAUUGAUACGAUCUAUAGAAAAUUAUUCUCCUACGAUAUAACAAAACAGCACUUUAUUGUACGCAAUCAAGGUUUUGAAAAUUUUGCUGCAACGCACGAUAGUAAUUUAGCAUUGGAUUCAGCACAAAUGCUCUACAGAAAAGAUAUGUUAAGUAUGUAUUUGAAACGUUUGUUAACACAAACCGAAUGGAACGACGCAUUUCUUCAAUAUAUGACACAAGUUGGUCAAAUGCAUGCGAAUAAAAGUGGUGCAGGAUCGAUUAAUGUUGAUUAUAUACAUAUAAAUGUUUUAUUUGGUUUUAUGGAACAUUUAUUAGUCGAUAAAUUAUGGAAUACGAACGGUAUUGAGGAUAAAAAUAAACAUGGUAUGAUUAUUGCAGUUAAUAAAUUAUUUUGGAUUCAAAAUGAUAUUUUUUCAAUGCAGUACCGAGCUUCGUCGAACAAUAAAUCAUUUUCUGUUCAAUCAACAAAAGUGAAUCCAACAUGUUGUUUUCCAUUGCAUUAA